CCUGCCUGGGGGUGCUGCUUGCUUGGGGGUGCUGCCUGCUUGGGGGUGCUGCUGCUGCACAGCUCGGUGGAGCGGCAGUGUGUUUCUUCUAAGUUCCCAGCACAGCCCCUAGUUGGUAAAGAGGUCCGAAACCACUGUCCCCCAAGUGUGAGCCCCACCCAAAGCUGCAUGGCAGAGCUGAAGAACAUGGGGUAACAGAGAUCUCUCUGCUCCCUGAGCGGACAGCCAGGGUGUCUGUGCCCACAGCAGUCCCUCGUGGGGAGAGGGUGUUGUCUGUGCUGGUUACAGCCAGCGUUCCUUCAUCUCUGUGGCUCUGCCGCCCUCCUGGGACAGAGGUACACACAGCCCUUGUUUAUCUGAGGGUGCCACCAUGUCACCAGGAAGCUGUCUGCCUCCUUUCUGGCAUUGGCAGGGCCUUCACAGCCACUUGACGCCAAAGAGCCUGGCCUGUGAGUCCCUGGAGGCUCCACACAUGUCCAGGCCCUGCAGAGCAACCUGAAGUACUCCCUGCUCCCACGGCGGCUCCUGAUCAGCAAGAGGCUAGCGCAGUGCCUGCAUCCCGCCCUACCCAGCGGAGUGCACCUGAAAGCCCUGGAAACCUAUGAGAUCAUCUUCAAGAUUGUGGGGACCAGAUGGCUGGCCAAGGACUUGUUCCUGUACAGCUGUGGCUUGUUUCCGCUCCUGGCCUAUGCUGCCAUGUCUGUUCGGCCCGUGCUGCUCGGCCUGUAUGAGAAGUACUUCCUCCCGCUGCAGAAGCUGCUCCUGCCCAGUCUCCAGGCCUUCCUCGUGGGCCUGCUGCCAGGCCUGGAAGAGGGCUCAGAGAUCUAUGACAGAACCGACACGCUGCUCCUGAGACUGUCUCUGGUCGUGGGCCGGGAGGUGUUCUACGCUGCCCUAUGGGGGAGCGCUCUGACCAGCCCCUCCAUCCGCCUCCCUGCCUCCUUGUUUGUGGUGAACCACAUCAGCAGGGACUGUCCGGGCAAGGAGCAGAAGUACAUGCUGGGCACAGAUCACCAGCUCACGGUGAAAUCCCUGUGUGCAUCCCUGUUAGACACCAAUGUUCUUGUACAAAGAAACAAUCUGGAAAUCAUUUUGUUCUUCUUCCCGCUUUAUACCUGCCUGGAUCCCGAUGAAAGAGCCAUCCCCCUGCACAGACGCGACAUCGUCCACAUUCUCUCAGCUGCCACCCAGACCCUACUGAGACGGGACAUGUCUCUCAAUAGAAGACUCUACGCCUGGUUACUAGGUUCAGACAUUAAAGGAAAUACUGUUGUGCCAGAAUCUAAACUCUCAACUUCUUAUGAAGACCAGUCCUCAUACUUUUUUGAUAAAUACUCCAAGGAUCUUUUAGUUGAGGCUCUGGCCGAGAUCCUGCACCAGAAGCUCUUAGCGGCUGACACAGAAGAGCGCCAUCAUGCUUACCUGAAGCCUUUCCGAAUCCUCCUCAGCCUGCUGGACAAGCCAGAAAUAGGACCUCAAGUGGUUGAGAAUUUAUUUCUGGAAGUCAUCAGGGCCUUUUAUUCUUACUGUCAUGAUGUCCUUGGCUCUGACCUUAAACUCAGCUACACCCAGAGCGGGAAUCUGCUCACCAGCACCAUCAAGGAAAACAGGCACGCCUCCGAGAUCGUGAAAACCGUCAACCUGCUGGUGUCAUCCCUCAGCACGGACUUCCUGUGGGAUUACAUGGCACGUCGUUUCGAGGCGUGCUUCAGGCCAGUGAAGCAGCCCGCAGCGAUUGCAGAAGCCAUCAGCCCUCCCCCCACCGUCUCCGAGCUCUGCACCCUCCUCGUGUUCCUCCUGGACGUGAUUCCCUUGGAACUCUACUCAGAGGUGCAGACUCAGUACCUCCCACAGGUGCUUGGCUGCCUGCUGCAGCCUCUCGCUGAGGAGGUGGAGACCCUGAGCCUACCUGAGCUCACACAUGCCUUGAAGACAUGUUUCAAGGUGCUCAGCAAAGUCCAGAUGCCGCCCUCCUACAUGGACAUGGAGCCCACCAGUGGGAACUCGAGUCCAGUAAAAGGAGAAACCGUUAGCAUGGUUUUGGAAACGAAGACCAUGGUUGCAGGGGAGGAAGAGCCUUCCUUCCACCCACUGAAAUCUGAAGACAGUGGGAUCGGGCUCAGCGCCUCAUCGCCAGAGCUCUCUGAGCACCUAAGGGUGCCUCGGGUGUCUGCAGAAAGAGACGACGUCUGGAAGAAAGAUGGAAGCAUGCAGAGGACGUUUCUCUGUAUCCAGGAGCUCAUUGCCAACUUUGCCAGCAAGAACAUUUUUGCAGCAUCGCUGACGGGCUCUGGAGAAGAAAGCAAGGCUGAGGAGCAUCCAGGGAAGAGCAGCAAGACACAGAGCCCCGAGCACUCAGGCAGGAAGAGCUCCUGGGAGCCCAAGCCCAAGAGUGUGCCCCAGUUUAAACAGGUGCUUUCGGACUUGUUCACGGUGCGCGGGUCCGCCUUCAAGGCCAAGAGGUCAGAGUCGCUGUCCUCUGUGCCCAGCAGCCCGCAAAGAAAAGCACAAACAGAGUGGGACCUCGACCAGGCGGCCAUAGAGUUGGUGGGCGCCAAGGAGGACUGUAGGGAGGCCUUUGCCGCCGCCUGCCACCUGCUGCUGGACUGCGCCACCUUCCCUGUGUACCUGUCCGAGGAGGAGACGGAGCAGCUGUGUGACACACUCUUCCAGACUCCAGGAGCCAGCGAUUGCAGUUUUCCAUCCUGGCUGAAAUCCCUCAUGACAGUUUGCUGCUGCGUGAAUGACUGCUCCCUCCAGAACGUAGCCAUCGCCACGCUCCUGGAAGUAAUCAACCACUCCCAGUCCCUGGCUCUCGUCAUUGAGGACAAGAUGAAGCGCUACAAAACCUCUGGCAACAACCCAUUUUUUGGCAAAUUACAGAUGGUGACAGUACCUCCCAUUGCCCCGGGGAUAUUGAAAGUCAUUGCGGAGAAAACGGACUUCUAUCAGAGGGUGGCUCGUGUGCUCUGGAGUCAGCUGAACAAGGACACUCGAGAGCAUCACAUCACAUGUGUGGAGCUAUUCUUCCGCCUGCACUGUCUGGCCCCCACAGCCAACAUCUGUGAGGACAUCAUCUGCCACGCCCUGCUGGACCCCGACAAGGGAACAAGGUUGGAAGCUCUGUUUCGAUUUUCCGUCAUCUGGCACCUGACUCGGGAGAUCCAGGGUAGUCGCUUGACAUCGCGCAAUCGCUCCUUCGACAGGUCCUUGUUUGUCGUCCUGGAUAGCCUGGCUUGCACAGACGGUGCCAUCAGUGCCGCAGCCCAGGGCUGGCUGGUGCGAGCACUCUCCCUCGGGGACGUGGCUCGCAUCCUGGAGCCCAUGCUCCUGCUGCUUCUCCAGCCCAAGACCCAGAGGACCUCCAUCCACUGCCUCAAGCGCGAGAGCUCUGCGGAGGACUUCCACCGUUGGUUUAACAGGAAGAAGCCCACAUUCGGGCAGUCGUUUGGGGCCCCUGAGCUGCAGGAGGGCACGUCCGAGCAGCUGCUGCCCCUCGGCCAGUUCACCACAGUGGACCGAGAAGCCAUCUGGGCUGAGGUGGAGAAGGAACCUGAGAAAUGCCCCCUGCAAGAUGACCUCAGUGAGGAGGACCUGCCCUACCACAUGGACCUUCCAGACCGGGUGGCCUCUGGCCCGGACAGCAGUGAGCACACGGAGUCUGCGGACACGAGCUCGGGCCGCACAGACAGUGAAAACACGUCUACUUUUUCCUCUCCCUCCCACGACCUGCGGGACCUGAGCCACGAGGAGCACUGCUGUGCGCCCCUCCCCCUCGGGGGCAGGGCGUCCUCCAAGCGGCCAGCCUUCCAGCCGGAAAGCCUCAAGGCUAGUGCCGAGCUGGGCCUCGUGCGAGCGGACUCAGACAGGACACAGGCCUCCGAGUCCCUCUCCAGUGACGAGGAGGCCGACGUGGAGCUCCAGGCCAUCACCACGUCCCGGCUGCUGAAGCAGCAGAAGGAGAAGCAGGAGACACUUGAGGCCUUGUUCAAACACAUCCUGCUCUACCUUCAGCCCUACGACUCCCAGAGGGUCCUUUACGCCUUCUCCGUGCUGGAGGCCGUGCUGAAGACCAACCCCAAGGAGUUCAUUGAGGCUGUGUCCAAGACCGGCGUGGACACGAGCUCCACGGCGCACCUCAACCUCAUCUCCAAUCUGCUGGCGCGCCACCAGGAGGCCCUCAUUGGCCAGAGUUUUUAUGGCAAGCUGCAGACCCAGGCCCCCAACGUGUGCCCGCACUCGCUGCUGAUUGAGCUCCUCACCUACCUCUGCCUGAGCUUCCUGCGGUCCUACUACCCCUGCCACCUGAAGGUCUGCCACAGGGACAUCCUCGGCAACCGGGACGUGCAGGUCAAGAGUGUGGAGGUCCUGAUCAGAAUAGUGACACAGCUGGUGUCCGUGGCCAAGUCCUCAGAAGGGAAGAGCAACGACUUUCUCCGCAGCCUGCUGCAGAGAUGCAAGGUGCAGGAGUUCGUGCUGCUGUCCCUGUCGGCGUCCAUGUACACCAGCCAGAAGCGCUACGGCCUGGCCACGGCCCACCGAGGCAGGGCCCUGGUGGAGGACGGCCUCUUCGAGGAGAGCCUGAUCAACCUGGGGCAGGACCAGAUCUGGAGCGAGCACCCGCUGCAGAUCGAGCUGCUGAAGCUGCUGCAGGCGCUCAUAGUCCUGGAGCACCACCUGGGGCAGGGCCAGGAGGAGGCCGAGAGCCAGGCUGCCCUGUCCCGAGAGUGGCAGAGGGCGCUCAGCUUCCAGCAGGCCAUCGGCGCCAUGCAGUAUGUGCAGCCCCACCCCCUCACCUCCCAGGGCCUACUGGUCUCAGCCGUGGUGAGAGGCCUGCAGCCGGCCUAUGGCUACGGCAUGCACCCGGCCUGGGUGAGCCUGGUCACGCAUUCCUUGCCUUACUUCGGGAAGUCUCUGGGCUGGACGGUGGCGCCCUUUGUUAUCCAGAUCUGCAAAAAUUUGGACGACCUGGUCAAGCAGUAUGAAAACGAGUCUAUCAAGCUGGCCGUCAGUACAACUUCAAAGAAGGAAAACAUUUCUCCAGAUUACCCACUCACUCUCCUGGAAGGUCUGACCACCAUUAGCCACUUCUGUCUUUUGGAACAGCCCACCCAACACAAAAAGACUGCUGCUGUACGUGACCCCAUCAGCCUGAGGAACGCCAAGAACGCCAUUCUGGAGGAGCUGCCUCGCGUUGUAAACACCAUGGCCCUCAUCUGGAGUGUCCUCAGAAAGGAAGAGGCUCAGAAGAGACCUGUAGAUCUCCUGGGAGCCACGAAAGGAUCCUCCUCUGUUUACUUUAAAACCACCAAGAUCAUAAGACAAAAAAUUUUAGAGCUGCUGAACCCCCUGACAGGCCACCUCGGGGUUCAGCUGAUAGCUGCCAUUGCCACAGUGUGGAGCAGAAAGCAGGCUCGACGCCACAGCAAGACAAAGAUAGUCCCCGCGACGAGCGCAUCCCAGCACACCCUUGUGGACCUGGUAUGUGCACUCAGCACCCUGCAGACAGACUCAGUGCUGCAGCUGGUGAAGGAGGUCGUGAAGAGGCCACAGCAGAUCAAGGGGGACGAGAAGUCGCCGCUGGUGGACAUUCCUGUGCUGCAGUUCUGCUAUGCCUUCAUCCAAAGACUUUCCAUCCCAGACCUGCAGGAGACCUUCCCUUCACUCCUGGGCGUCCUCAAGGAGGCCGUGCAGCUGAACCUGGCUCCCCCUGGGUACUUUCUGCUUCUCAGCAUGCUGAAUGACUUUGUGACGAGGACACCCAACCUGGAAAGCAAAAAGGACCAAAAGGACCUGCAGGAAAUCACUCAGAAAAUCCUGGAAGCUGUAGGGACCAUUGCCGGCUCCUCCUUGGAACAAACCAGCUGGCUCAGCAGAAACCUGGAGGUGAAAGCCCAGCCUCAGGUUGCUCUGGAAGAGUCUGAUGCAGAAGAAGAUGUGCAGGCAGAUGCUGCCGCGGCCUCAGAGAUGGUAUCUGCUUCUGCCCCCUCCAUCUACAGUGUGCAAGCGCUCUCUCUCUUGGCAGAGGUUCUGGCCUCUCUUCUGGACAUGGUCUACCGAAGUGACGAGAAGGAGAAAGCAGUGCCGCUGAUCUCCCGCUUGCUGUACUACGUGUUCCCUUAUCUGCGAAACCACAGCACGUACAACGCUCCGAGCUUCCGUGCCAGUGCCCAGCUUCUGAGCCCCCUGAGUGGCUAUGCCUACACCAAAAGGGCGUGGAAGAAGGAGGUGCUCGAGCUGUUUCUGGACCCCACUUUCUUUCAGAUGGAUACUGCUUGUGUUCACUGGAAGUCCAUCAUUGACCAUCUUCUGACUCAUGAGAGGACAAUGUUUAAGGAUUUAAUGAACAUGCAGAGCAGUUCCUUAAAGCUCUUCUCCAGCUGUGAGCAGAAGGCCAUGCUGCUGAAGCGCCAGGCGUUCGCCGUCUUCAGCGGCGAGCUUGACCAGUACCACCUCUACCUUCCCCUGAUUCAAGAGCGCCUGACAGACAACCUCAGGGUCGGACAGACGUCCAUGGUCGCUGCACAGAUGUUUCUCUUUUUCCGAGUUCUGCUGCUAAGAAUCUCUCCCCAGCACCUGACCUCACUGUGGCCCAUCAUGGUCUCCGAACUGAUCCAGACGUUCAUACAGCUUGAGGAAGAUCUGAAGGAGGAAGAUGAAUCCAGAAACAACAACAAAAUAAACAGAAUAAAAAUCCCGGUUGCUGAUGGGAAUGGGCCUUCGGGUGUGGCUGUGGCCGCCAGUGAUCUCAUCAUGUACCUCUCCGCUUGCAAAUUCCUGGACACAGCGCUUUCUUUCCCACCCGACAAGAUGCCGUUGUUUCAGACUUACAGGUGGGCGUUUGUUCCAGAGGUGGACACUGAGCACCCUGCCUGCCUGUCAGAGCUGGAGGAGAAUCACCAGGAAUGCAAACCCCAUACUGUCAGGAUUCUCGAGCUUCUGAGACUAAAGUAUGGGGACACUGGCCCCUCUGAGGAGGUCACCAGGAAGCAAGAGUUUCCUCUUCUGCGCCACCAUUCCGUGUCCUGUGUCAGGCAGUUGAUGCCAUUCUUCAGGACCCUAAGCUGUGCUUUCAAAACCCAAAGCCGCCUGCCUGAUGUGCCGGGAACCUCAGAGCAGGGCUUCCCUGUGGAGAGCCCACGGGUGCUGCAGCGACUGGAGGAGUGUGUGGAGCAGGACUUCCUGGAGCACCCGGAGUGUUAGCCCAGGGCCUUCACCACCCUCCCCAGCCUGACCGGACAGGGUGUUCUGUAAAGAAGACGGGAGUGGGGGAAAGUGAAUCGCCUCUGCCACAGUCCUGAAAGACCAUUCAGGUACUUUCUGGUCUGCAGCCAAAUGCGCCUCCCUUCAAUGCCUUGUAAUAUAUUUCAGUCCCGGUUUGUGUUUCCUCCUCAGUUCAUGUAAUGGAAAUAAAAUUAAUAUAUCAUCUGA